AUGAGAAUACUGACUGGUGGAGGCCUCCACAUUCCAAACUACAGAUGCAAAAACCCGGGACAUCUGAUGACUGUAGUGGGCUUUGCCUCCUCAACACUCUCUGUUCUUGUGGCUGAAACAUUUGGAAUGUUUGGUUACCCACAGAUCAGUUACGGUGCCAUAGACCCUCUCCUGAGUGACACUCAGAGGUUUCCAUACUUCUACCGCACAGUCCCUAGUGCCAUUCAUCUGCAAAAUGUCUUACAUUUGGUGCUGAAAUACUUUGGCUGGACAUGGAUUGGAAUCAUUUAUUCAGAUCUUGAAUCCAAUGAAAAUGCAAUUCAAAAAGUAAAAGCCUUCAUUAUUAGUGGAGGAGGUUGUAUUGCCUUCAUUAAAAAGCUUCGGAGCUCCACUAAAUAUCUGAACACUGAAUGUCUUAAUUUCUUCAUAAAGAGAGUUUAUUUCACUAACACAGCGGGAGAACACAUUUACUUUGAUAAAUAUGGAGAUGCUAUUGGCGAAUAUGAUCUGGUUAAUCGGAUUAGCAUCCAAAAGAAGAAGCUUAGAAGUGUCCAUGUUGGAAAGCUUACUUCCACAGAUUUCUUUGUAAAUGAGUCGGCGGUAGUGUGGCCUGUCUACUUUAACCAGUCCGAGCUGUCCGACAGGGUCCAGGAAAAUGAUAUGAUCCAGUGUUUGAAAUGUCAUGAUGAACAAUGGCCAAAUAAAAACAAAGAUAAAUGUGUACAAAGGCCAAUAGCCUAUCUGUCCUAUCAAGAACUGCUUGGAGGAUGCUUAGCUUCAAGUGCUGUUAUCCUUUCCGUGACCUCUGUCUAUUUCCUGGCCAUUUUCAUCCUCUACAAAAACACUUCAGUCAUAAAAACUACCAACAGAAAACUCAGUAUGGUCCUCCUCUUGUCCCUCAUCCUCACAUUCUGCAGCUGCUUGGUCUUCAUCGGUGUCCAGGGGAAUAUAAAAUGCCUGAUUCGGCAACCGAUAUUUGGCAUGUCCUUUACUGUCUCAGUGUCCUCCUUGUUAGCCAAAACCAUUCUUGUGGUGUUGGCCUUUCAUGCCACCAGACCUGGUAGCCGGCUGAAAAGAUUCAUAGGACAAAAGUUUCCAUGUGUGCUAGUUGGGCUUUCAUCCUUCCUUCAAGCUCUUAUCUGUGCUUUGUGGUUAGGAACUGGUCCACCAAUACCAACGCAGGACUUCUACUCAUACCCUGGUUAUAUAAUCAUAGACUGUGAAGAACGAUUUGGCUUUUACGCAAUGUUGGCAUUCGUCGGCUGUCUGGCCAUGGGAUGUUUAGUGAUUGCUGUUCUAGCCAGGAACUUGCCGAGUGCUUAUAAUGAAGCAAAGUACAUUACAUUCAGCAUGUUGGUCUUCUUCAGUGUCUGGGUCACCUUCAUACCAACUUACAUCAGCACAAAAGGAAAGUACACUACAGCUGUAGAGUUAUUUGCCAUUCUGGUCUCUGGAGCUGGGCUUCUGCUCUGCAUAUUCUUUCCCAAAUGUUAUAUCAUAUUCUGUAAACCGAGUAAAGCCAGGGUUAUUUAUAUCAUAUCUAAAAACCAAAGAGUGUCUAGAAUACCUAUUAGUAAGAGGUCACAGUAG